AUGGCCUUUCCUUCACACAACUCGGACAGCGCUUUUCCGCAGCCACAGUCUCCCAAUACCCUCAACUCUCCCACUUCUCCAGCCUCGGCCACAUUCGCCGACGAAAGCGAUCUCUUCGUGCAAGACGAACCGCAUGUUGGUGAGCUUCAUCUCGUCCCCUGCGCACUUGACGUGUACUUGGAUUUGCCGAACAAAGCAGAAGAUCGUUACGAACUUGUUGAAGGAAUUUUGUUUCAUCGACCCAACAUGGCCAAUACUCAACACGCGAUCAUAAAGGAAUUCCUCGUGACUAAGUUCAGGGCCGUCAAGCUGACCGGUAACAAUCGUGUGAAUAUCUACCCUGAGAUGAAAGUUAAGGUCUCUUCCGGGAAGAGUCGGUCGCCGAGCGUCCGAGUUCCGGAUGUUGUUGUGGGUCCGUACACUUCCUCUGAAAGCACCGGUAACGCAUCUCCCCGGUCACAGAAAAUCAUAUUUCACGAAGACAACAUACCACUCAUGGUAAUAGAAAUCACAAGCCCGAGCAACAGACUGACCGACAUGAACGCCAAGUCUGAGGAGUACUGCCGCACUGGGAUUGCGACAUAUGUUAUCAUAGACCGUGAGACGGAUCGCGUGAUAGUAAGAAAGCUAAUCCGAAACACGCGUUCUCGUCUUGACUACGACUCAGAGGUUGUAUACACAGGGGAUACGCUUGUGGACUGCUUUUUGUUCCGUGAACGUAACCUAACUGCAGAAAAGAUAUUUAGACCGCAGCAGACCGCAGAAGAGGCCGCCCAGUCACCGACCCGGAGAGAACAGCGUGCAAAGGAAAGAGAACGGCGUGAAAAGGAAGCAGCGCAAGCAACUGCUGUAUCAGAACGGCGUGCAAAGGAAGAAGCGCAAGCAACUGCUGUAUCAGAACGGCGUGCAAAGGAAGCAGCCCAAGCAAAGGCAGAAGCAGCCCAAGCAACUGCUGUAUCAGAACGGCGUGCAAAGGAAAAAGAACGGCGUGCAAAGGAAAAAGAACGGCGUGCAAAGGAAGCAGCCCAAGCAAAGGCAGAAGCAGCCCAAGCAAAGGCAGAAGCAGCCCAGGCGAGAGUAGAUGAGCUCGAAAGGCAGUUCGGGAAAGGCAAAGGCGGCUCUUCCGCGAGAGGUGGAAAGCAUACGAAUUCCGGGGGGAAGCCCAGAUGAAAGUCAAAGGCGGCUCUACCGCGAAAGGUGGAAGGCAUACAAAUUCCGUGAAGAACGUCGAUAAAGGAUAGUAGGAUAGUCUAGGGUGCCCCAGAAAUGUCACAACUCGAGCAAA